AUGGCAGAGAAAUCAGACCAUUUCAUGAUGGAAUUCAAAGGGCCCGCGAAGCAAUUCGUGGCUUUAGUUGGAGAUGUUGGCGGAGCGAUCAGAUAUGAACUGAACAAAAAGAUGAAAAAAAUUAAUGACGAGAAAGAUAGCUACUAUCUUGAGACAUAUUACUACUCUGCGAAGUACGGCCUCAAAACAUUCUCUGCACUUCGCGAUGUAACAAGAGAGUUUGACGCGCAUAACACUAGUCUAAUGUGCAUGUUCGUCGGUUAUAAAUCAAUCGAUCAUCUGAAAGACGCAAAGAAAGUUGCCGAUGCCAUCAAGGCCGACACACGAGUCGUCGUUAUAGAUUCGUUGGAAUUGUGCCCAGAAGCAGAGAAAGUCGAAGAAUUCGCCAGUAAAAAUGAAUUCGAAGUCGUCUAUUUACAUCCGAAUCAGCAACAACGUCUCGACGCGGAAAGUGUCUCUGAAAAAGUCGGAGUCGACAGAUUGAUAGAGACGAUGGAAGUCUGCAAUUGGCCAUGGAGAGUUGUCAACGCCUUCUCCAGAGGACCAAGAAGCUCGUUCAUCGAUAAACAAGAAGGCGAUAUAUUGGAGCUUAACGUCAAAGAAGACUAUGUGAUUGAGGGUGCCACCGCCGAUUCAUUGAUGCGUAACUAUAAGCAGUGGUUCAAUCGGACCUCUGAUGCGAAGAUUCCAGCACCACAACACGCCGAACGUGUUCAUUUAUCUCCGGAUUCGCCGACGACCACCGAAGGAACCACGAAUCCAGAUGACGUGUCGAUUUCAGUGGAUAUCGAUUUGGUUUGUACGAAGAAUCAGGAAGAGAAGAAAAGUUGUGAAGGGAAGGCAAAGAAGCAGAAGAGUGCCUCUGCGAAACACGUCAAAAAGGAUUGA